GAAAAAUGAAAGUCAGAAGAAUACAGAUCAUAUUUAUUAUGCCUUAGCAUGAAGUUGCAGUUUCACAAUACAUGAUGUACACUUACAAAAAAGGCUGCAAAUCUUUUUUUUUCUUACACUUGAAAUGCAAUUUGCACUUUUACAACUCUUUUCUUGCGAAUGCAAAAUUAAUUUACGCUUGCUAUCUUAUGUACACUUUCAGAAAUCUUACCCUGCACAUGUAAAUCUUUUUGACGUCAUUUUACCUUCAUAGGGGUCUUCAAAGAAUAGACGGCGCGGAUGGGAUCGUGGACCGCAGCGGUGUAGUGUAUAUGACAUGAUUUACAUUUGCUGGCUUUGGCUAGCCUCCAAGCUAACGCAUAAGUGCCUGUAUUGAAUAUGAUUGCGCAUCGCUCCAGAAGAGUUAUUGUAAGCCAAUUUGACAUUACACAGUUUACACAAAACUUUUCCGUUUCCUAAUUCAAAAUAAUCCCACACCUUUCUGGUUCUUCGCUGGUCAUUUCGAGCUCGCCGCAACUGACAUGAAGAAAGGCAUGCAAGGUCUGAGCUUGUGAGAGUGGGUGGAGUCGAUAUGGAAAGAGAUGCUUCAAGAUUUUUAACAAUCCAAUGACCUGGAAGGAUGCAGAGGUGACAUGCUUGAACCAUGGUGGGAACCUUGCCUCUGUACAUAGUAACAAGGAACAAGCCUUCAUAAAGCUAUUGGUGUCAAGUUCAGAAUCAUUCUGGAUAGGAGGCUAUGAUGCUGUUUCUGAGGGGACGUGGUUCUGGAGUGAUGGGUCCAAAAUGAAUUUCCAGCUUUGGAGCCCUGGAGAACCCAACAACUUGGGUGUACAGAAUUGGAAUGACCAACAAUGUACAGACAAGUUACCAUUUGUUUGUGCCAUUGCUGAUUCAAUCCGUUUCCGUAAAUGCCCAUAUUAAAUCAGAAAUGACAUGCUUAAAACAUGUUUAAUACAGUGCAAAUGCUUUGUAUUCACUGAUUACAAGUUCACUUGCAGUUUUGCUUUGUGGCAUGUUGCCUCUGUGUUCAACAUCUUUCUUUCUGUAACUCAAUAAAUCA